AUGAAUUUAUCACUAAUCUUAUUUACAAUUGGAAUUUUAGGUUUUGUUUUAAACAGAAAAAACAUAAUAUUAAUGCUUAUUUCAAUAGAAAUAAUGCUAUUAGCUAUUACAUUCUUAGUAUUGGUUAGUUCACUUAGCUUUGAUGAUAUAUUAGGUCAAACGUAUGCUAUUUAUAUUAUUGCCAUAGCCGGAGCAGAAUCUGCGAUAGGUUUAGGUAUUUUAGUAGCUUUUUAUAGAUUUAUCUCU